AUGUUUAAUCAAUGGUUGACUAAACGUUUCACUCUUGCAAAUUUUGGUUGUGAAGAUGAAGAAAUCAGAAAAUCUAUGAUCACUUAUGAUUUGAACGAUUGCCUUGCCGUAACGAAACUGGUGUAUGAAGUACCAUCAGCAACAGAAACAGAAUCUCCAACACCAUUAAUUACAAAUGAUCUUGAAGCAAUAUCUGAUGAUGAAUUAGCAUUAGAUCAUGAGCAAGAACCUGUUGGCAAAUGGCCAGUUAAUGAAUUAAUUAUAAUAUAG